AUGGCAUCCACCUUCGCUCGGGCUUUUGCCGCAGGACAUCGACUGUGGAAUGCAGCUGGUCUGGCCGUUGCUGCUCAGCUUCUGCGCUGCCAGCUACACCUCUUCGUUUCGCCCGCGCUGUCCACAGAAUACAGCGCAACACAAGCCUGCCACGGGCAGAAUGCUUCACUGAAUCGCAUUGCAAGAGCAGAGCUAGAGGUGGUUGGGCGACAUGUGCAGUGUGCAAAGGGACGCUUUUACUUCGAUGCAGUCGGCACUGGCGGCCGUGACGUCGUGAAGGCCCUCUCUGAGGUCCGACACGUCCGAAGCGUCCGGCGCAUUGCCAUCUCCGUCGAGGUGCGGCGGCCUGGGGACCGGCCAGCAUUCUCCGCAAGGCAGCUUGCAGAGGCCAUGGACUCCCUUGGCCACUGGGAAGACGUGGAAAGAGACCUGAGAGCUUUGAACGCAUCGCGGGUUCGGAGCUGCUGCGUGGUGAGCCGGCAAUUUCACCAGCUUGCCCGGCUCGUCACUGCCGAUGUGGCCCACGAGCUGCAUCGCGAGUUGGCACUUUGUCUGCAGCGCCGUUUCGGCUGGCGUCCUUGUGGCCGGGGUCGCUCGGCAGACCUUGCGCUGCACCUGCACGUGGAGGGCUGCACACUUCGAGUCGAGGUUCCCCUCCUGCAGCAGCGCAAGGCCAAGCUUGGCGGAGGCUUCCCGCACCAGGGUAUGCACCACGUGGAAGCAUGGGCCAUUGCAAGAAGCUUGGAUGUGCAGCCGGGAGAAACUGUUUUAGAUCCCAUGUGCGGGAAGGGCACGAUCCUUGCAGAGGCAGCUGUGUGGUGGCCCAGGGCGAACUACGUUGGCUGCGAUGCGGAUGCACUUCAACUUGAGCAAUGCCGGCGCAAUUUCGCAUGGCUAGAGCAAAGUGUAGUGCUACACCAGGCCAACACCACGCAGCCUAGCGGAACACCGCUGCCGGGUGCUUCUGUCGACAAGGUCGUGGUCGCCCCACCCUGGGAUCGCCAAUUUGGCAUAAGCGGCAGCUUGGUGGCUUUUUACCAGCAGAUGCUGCAGGAGAUUUUUCGUGUGGUUCGCCCCGGUGGCAGAGUGGUGGUUUUCGCAAGCCGGAGAGUCCUGCCGAAGCUACUCGAGGCUUUGAAUUGCUGCCAUGGGCCGCAGGGAGCAGUGAAGGCCGGCGCGAGCUGGCGUAUCACGGCGAAGCGCAGCUUUGCGUUGACCCGGGCGACCACGGGAGUCAUCCUCGUCCUUCGCUUCACCCGAGAGUGCACUCCGAAGACUUCGCGCUUUCUGAGUUGGGAGGGCCGGGGAGCUCCGGAAGGAGGUCGCGAACUCUACGAGCACUGGCGCCAGCUCCGGGCGCAAGGCUUUCCGAGGCUGGAGGCCGCCCUAGGCUCGGGCUCGGGCGCGAAAGAGGUUUCCGGUCCCGGGAAGACCGCGCCGGCUCUGCGACUCUUCGUUGCCCUCCUUUUCUGCGCAGGUAUCGUCUUGGGCCUGAGAAGCCGGGUGUGA